CCAUGCUUCACUGUCACCUGUACGUGAAAUGAACACCUGUUGCCCGGGGGCCUCGACAAAAGAAAACUAUCGCGUUUCAUGUGGUUUGUUGGCCCGCACAAAGGGGUAAAGGCCCGGGUGGAGAAAGACGCACCAGUCCUUCGUUUGGAGCUUUACGCGGAGGGUGCACCAAGUUGGAUUUUACUUGGGUUUUUUUGUGGAUGCGCUGCUGAGGAUCGUUGAAUUCAUUUCACAGAUUGAACAUGCUGCAGAGGCCGUGUGAGUGACAGAUAUGGGGUCAACGAGAACUCUGAGCGCUCUGCUUUUGCUUUGCCUGCUUGUCCCGUGCGUACAGCUGGUGGUGGUGGGUAAAGCUGGUGGGACAGUGGAGUUGGAUUGUGUCUUCCCCCCCUCUCGUCCUGCCCUCUCCUCCGACUCUCCGUACGUGGUGGAGUGGGUCCGACAAGGCCUCGACGUUCCAGUGCUCAUCAACUACGUCCACCACCACCCCCGCGUGCACCCGGAGUAUGAAGGGAGAGUGUCUUUGGUCCGGGUCACCUCUCUCAGACUGGGGCCCCUGCGGUUGGAGGACCAGGGCCUGUAUGAGUGCAGAGUGCUUUCACUGGACAGGGCCACCAACGAGCUGCAGAACGGCACAUGGACUCUCCUCUCUGUAACCGCCCCUCCCACUCUCACCAAAGCUCCGCCUCCUAUCGUCGAAGUUUUGGUUGGAAGUUCGCUGUCUCUCACCUGCGUCGCCAACGGCAACCCUGCGCCGGUGAUUACAUGGCUCAAAGACGGCAAAGUGCUCCAGACGGGCGGAGUGCUGUCGAUGCCCACGGUGAAUGCAGAGUCUGGGGGUCAGUACUCGUGCGAGGCCUCCAGCUCUCAGGGGACGUCCAGCCACAGCACCAGGGUCAAUGUCAAAGGCCCUCCCGUGAUCAUCAUCCCGCCCAAAAGCACCUGGCUCAACAUGUCCCAGAAUGCUUUGCUGCAGUGCAAGGCCGUGUCCGACCCCCCCAACAUGACCUACGUGUGGCACAAGGGCAAGGAGAACGUCUACCACAUCGACUCUCUGAAGUCCCGCGUGAAAAUCAUGGUGGAUGGGACCUUGCUCAUCUCCAGGCUGCUCCCGGAGGAUUCUGGGACGUACACGUGUAUGCCCACCAACGGAUUGCUGACCCCGCCGACCGCCUCCGCUAACCUCACCGUGAUGCACCCAGCUAAGGCUCUGCGGGCGCCCCAGUACACCUACCUCCCCACGGGUAAAGACGGCCUGGUCACCUGCCCUACGAUCGCACAGCCACCACUCCUGCGAGUCGAAUGGACCAAAGAUGGGGAACCACUCGACCUCUCUAUGUUCCCGGGCUGGAGGUUGACUGCAGACGGCUCUCUGGUCAUGGCCACAGUCAACGAUGAUGUAGCUGGGAUCUACACAUGCACGCCCUACAACAGCUACGGCACUAUGGGGCCAUCGGGGCCUAUCACUGUCAAGCUGCAGGACCCCCCGUCGUUCAGCCUGGUCCCAGCGGCACAGUACACAGAGGAGGUGGGGAGGAGUCUGCUGGUGCCCUGUCAGCCAAACAAGGACCCCACGGUCAAUGUCACAUGGAGCAAGGUGGAUGUCUCCCGCCGCGUGGCUUACUCCAUUACCGCCAAUGGCUCCUUACUGCUGCAGCCCCUGACCAAAGAGCACCAGGGCUCAUGGGAGUGCAUCGCUGCUAAUCGCGUAGCUUCAGUCACCACCUCCACACAGGUCUACGUGCUGGGAACCAGUCCACACGCUGCCACCGCCCUCUCCGUCUCCCCUGGACACAAGGAGGCUAACGUUUCCUGGGAGGCGGGCUUUGAUGGAGGAGCUCAGCAGACAUUUUCAGUUUGGGUGAAGAGGCUGACAGCAGGAGGCAGUGAUGAGAAGCUGGAGUGGUUUUCUGUGGAUGUGCCCCUCUCCUCUGGGACCAGCCUGCAGGUGGAGGGUUUAACUCCGGGCACCGUGUACCAGUUCAGUGUGCUCUCCAAGAACAAGAUGGGCACCGGGCCAUUCAGCGAAAUCGUCACGGCACAGACUCUGGAUGCCCUUCCGAGAAAGAUCACUCUGCUACCUCCCUCUGCUCUUACGGCCAGUCGGGACACCGAAGGGAUCCUCUUGCGAUGGACCCCUCCUCUGGACCAGUACCCCCCCAUCUCGGCAUAUCUCCUACAGUCCCGUGCAGAGGAGGAGGGAGAGUGGGGGACCGUAGAUGAGGAUGUUAGCCCGAACCGCAGUGAGAUGGUUGUUCCAGGACUGCACAGGGACCGCGUGUACCAACUGCGCUUGCUGUCCAGACGCGGAGAGAUGCUGAGCGAGCCAAGUCCAUCAGUCAAUGUCAGCACUGUGGGGAUGGACAUGUACCCGUCCACGUCCCGCCUCCUGGAGUUUGGCCCUGAGCCCUUAUUGGCUGGAGUGUUGGGGGGCGUGGCCUUCAUGUGCCUGGCCCUCAUUCUUCUUCUGGGGGUCGCCUGUUUGAUCAGCCACAAGAGAGAGCGCCGCCGCCGGGAGAGAAGAGAUGAUGCCCCUCCCUCCAUCUACAAACGCUCCCCCUCCAUAAAGACCUCCGGCAGUGGCAGUCCAGACAGUAUGCUGAAGAAAACCCUCCUCCCCUCCUCCAACCUCUACCCCACCACCUCCUCCACCUCCUCCUGCUCCACUAAUGGUUCCACUUACAGCUCCCGGAACAAGCGCCAAUCCUUCUCCAGUCACAACCAAACAAGCUCCUCUCCACUCACCAACGGUAUCGAAAUGAUCUCCCGAGGUCCCGAUGGCCGAUUUAUUACAUCCGAGUACGACACAUUGAGCAUCGUUAGCAAAAAAGACUUCGAUCUCCAUGAACGACGAUCUAUUUCUCUUCAAUCGGAUUGCGAUGAUAAGAAAGAAUCGGCUUACGUUCUAUCAGUCGAUCUUCCGCCUUGCAAGCCAGAGCAGUCCACUCCUUACAACCACAUAUAUCCUUUGGUUCAAGUCCAAAAACCAAGUUACGAAGGUUUACCGGACUUUAGCAGCCUUUGCUCGAACAGUAGCCUAGCAACGCUCCCGCACCCAAGUCCGUCGUUCCCGGUUCUCCCGCAUAUCCGAUCGGGUUUCGGUCAACCAACAACUACGGCGAGUACGUUGGUUCUUCAAAUGGAGCAUGAAAGAGAGAAGGGUAAUCUAAGCCGGUGUCUGAAACUUGCGCAAGAAAGAGAGGAGUUGGAGAGGGAGUUGCGGAGAUAUACACAAACUGACGAUUACGAAGAAGAUUCUAUGUUGAAAUAUCGAAGCAAUACUUUACCGCACAAAGCUAGCUUGCACCACCAUCCUGGUUCGUUCUCGUCCGCUUCUCUGCAUUGGGAAGCCUACCGUCUCGCCUCGCUGCCUCCUACUCCCACACCUCACCUGACCCGCGUUGGCUCGGUAAGUCCUUCCUGUUUUCAGAAAGAGCGUCUGGCGCGCACACCUCCGAGCCAUGAGGGGGCAGAGCGCUUUUGUCAAGACGGCAGAUUAACUCUCCCACGUACCCCAUCAAAGAGACAAGAAAAGAGGGAUGCGACGCCAGAGGGUUUUGAUAAAUCAACAAAUUCCACGUCGAAAAUGCGCGCGGGUGAUUUAUGCUGCGAGGAGAGGAGGCAGAACGGGUUUACAAUGCCAUUCCAGGGCGAGAAAUACCCUCAGAGAUGUCAUUCGGUGAUUGGGGUGUUGCCAACGUGUUCAAAAGUACUGAACGGAGAUGUGGAGAUGAGCGUGGAUGAGCCAGAUAUGAACAGAUUGGUAGAUUCAACCCUUAAGCCAAUGCUGCACCAAAGAAUCGCCUCGCAUGUGCAAAACGGAUACGCUUUAUCCCACAAAGAGCAGUUUCACACCAUACGCAGGAGUAAAAGCUUAAACAGCCGAAGUCCAGUUCUCAAAGGCGAAGACGUCAAAAGGCCCACAUCUCCGCCUGCAAGAAGUCCGACAAAAACCCAAGAAUCAAAGCGGAGAAGUCAAAGUUUAGAUUCCCGAAGGCGGAAAGCUAACAACUUCUUGACGCCAGAUGCAUGGAUAAAUUCGCUAAGCCAGGAAAACUGCGCCAACUUAACUCCUUUAAGACCGACCUCUCUGGUUUGGGAUACGCAAAGCUCACCAAGACGAGCAAAAUCUCCAGCAAACACCCAUAAAAUCCAAAUCAAUUCCUCGCAACAGAGAUUAACGCCGGAACAUUUGUCAAACAGAAAUUACGAGCCAAGGCGAGAUACGACAACACAAGAUUAUAAUUACCACGAGGCCAUGAGGGCGGCCGGGCGGUACCUAGAGGCGAUCAAGAAGCCAUUUUUGGAGGAUGACGGGAGAUACGUUGAAUAUGAGGAAGAAGAGGAAGGGUACAGAGGAAUUCCAGAGUCAGGGAGCUAUAGCAGUUAUGCUAGCAGCGGCAGAGGGAGCAUGGACCCACCCAACAACAGACUGUCCCUCUGCCACAUGUCCCCCACGCCACAGGAGUCUCUGGCCAGGAUGGAGGACAAGAUCAGCGCGCAUAUGGAGCACAGCCACAGUCACUCCAGGAGGAAAGAGUCUGUGGAUGAGAACUACGAGUGGGACGCAGUGGACGUGUGCCCGCAGGCUGAGGAGCACGAUGGCCUCCUUCCCCCCCUUCGCCUCCAGAAGCCUGCGCUGUGCUGUAGCCCGCCCAGGACACACCUCACCGGCUCAGUGCUGGGGGGUCACCGCGGCUCCGCUCUACCCCAAACGGAGGCGGCCGUCCUGUUCUGACAGCCCUCCACCCCGCCCAACCCUCGGGACCUGAACACCGGCUGGUCCCGCUCAUCCUUCCCCUCACAGAGAGACAGGAAGCAGAUGGAAAACGAGACACUUGUGAUCGGAGUAGAGGGUAGAGAGAAUCGUGGAUGUGUUUUGGAGACUUUUGGGGAUAUCGCAAAUUCUGAAAUGACUUUUAAUCAUAACGCUCUCCUCAUCAAUUUUGUGUUUGUUUUUUUGUAAUCAAACAUUUACAUUGUCUCAUUUCUCCACUCCUCAUUCACUAUAGAUACUUACCAAUAUUCUCUGGGUGUGGCGCUAACUGGAGGCACUGCUCCGUUUGAAGCUCUGUUACUCAAAUUAGACUUUAAUCUGAGGUUUAUUUAACGCAAGAACUGAGUUGGAACUGCAAGAGGUGAGCUGACUGGUGCUCUUAAACACGUCACUCACACAUAAAAUUACAGUCACAAGGUAGUUAGCUUUAGCCAGCAGGUUUUCAGUUUGUCACUCUGACUCAAACACCGACAUAGGAGUGAGAAAACUUCGCAAACAGACCGAUGUAGACGGAUUUCUCUCCCUUAACUUUUUAUCCACAGUCGCUGCUUUGCGCUUGUGUCACUUAUACUGCAUCUCGUGUUAAAGGAACCUCACAAACAGAACAUGGCUUAUCCCGGAGUAUAUUGUUCAUAAUAAGGCAAAUAGCGCAAUAAAACAGCAUUUACAUUGUGGUCAGAAGAAAACAAGAAGUCUGUAAUUCUUUUAUAUUGAUCUUACAUGCAGGCUACAACCCAGUACUGUUAUAUCCUAUUUGUAAAAGUCAUAUUUUGAAGGCUUUAUAUGUGUUUUAUGGUCUGCUUUAGUCACAUUUAGGCUUAUAAACUAAAAACAAAAUCAUAAAAAAGUUUUACAUUUCAUAAAUCAGGUACAUUUUAAAUACAUUAUCAGUGAAAUUAUCGGUAUCUGUUGAAAAUGUCAUUAUCGUUCAUCACUAAUCAUGAGCCUCGAGAUGGGACGGCGUCAUUACAUCCUUAGAAAGCAAUAACAUCUCCAUGGAAACCAGCAGGUGGCACACUCUCCAUGAGAAAUCUUACAUAGUGCACCUUUAAGUCAGACCAAAUACACUGAGACAACGACUGUAAAUGCCGCCUGCACUGAUAUUUUGCAUUUUAUUUCUGUAUAUAACACGAUGAAACACACUGUCUGCUCACUUUUUAUGCAAUGUGAAGUUUACCCUUUAAACCGAGUUGUACUUUUUGGACCAAUUGUAGCAGUUUGUCUAAAAUGGGGCGGGUCUUAUUCCAUGCUUAAUUUUUUUCAUAUUGUAAUGUAUUUUUAUUUUAUGUUGUAUCAUUUUUCUUUUUCAAAUGCCAUUGUUCUAAAGAGAUUAAUUUAAAAUGUCAAAUUAAUUCCCAUGUUUAUCAAAAUGCAUAGAGCUGUUUUUGAAUCUUGCGUCCAUCUGUCCCAUAGUCCCAGAAGAA